AUGAGCGUUAUCCAGAUAGAAUCUAACGAACAAUUCACGAAAUUAACAGAAACUCCCUUCCCAGCAAACAACAAACUAAUCGUCCUCUACUUCUACACGAAAUGGGCAGAACCAUGCAAAUCCACAAAUGAACUAGUAAGUGCCCUAAGUCACGAAUUCCGUAAUGAAAAUGCAUCGUUCUUGGCCGUGGAUGCCGACAUAAAUAAUGAAAUCGUGGAGUUGUUUGAUGUUUCCAUAGUGCCCUAUUUCAUUUUCAUUCAAAAUGGAAGGGUCCUGGAAGAAUUAUCCGGAGAUGACCCAAAGAAAUUCGUACAAAUCUUGGACCAAUACUUGUGCAUAUCAAGUACCUUGUUCUUAAAUGCACAACAGGGAGAUAAUGUUAACAACCAUCAUCAUUUUCGUAAUUCUGAUAGUGAAGAUAGUGUGGUAAGUCAAUAUACAGCAGAAAGUGAAUAUACGGAUGAAGAAAUAAAUGGUCAGAAUGAGGAAAAAUUCGAUAAAAAAUUAUCGAAAUUGGUUCAAGCAGCACCUGUGAUGGUAUUUUUGAAAGGCAGUCCAUCUGAACCUAAAUGUGGUUAUUCAAGACAGAUGGUAAAGAUAUUAAGAGAAAAUAAAAUUAGGUUUGGGUUCUUCGAUAUAUUGAGAGAUGACAACGUAAGGAAAAAUAUGAAAAGAUUUUCAGAUUGGCCAACUUUCCCUCAACUAUAUAUUAAUGGAGAGUUCCAAGGUGGGUUAGAUAUUGUCAAGGAAACAUUAGAAGACGAUCCUGAGUACUUUAAUCAUGCACUCAAUAUAAAAAGUACUCCUAAGGCAAAGAAUCUUUAA